GCGCUUGGAAUAAAAAUCCUCUUGCUGUUUGCAUCAAGACCGCUUCUCGUGAGUGAUUUGGGGUGUCGCCUCUUCCGAGCCCGGACGAGGGGGAUUGUACAUUUACUGGCCUUUCAUUUGGUGCGUUGGCCGGGAAGUUCUGCGACCACCCCUUACACCCGAGAACCGACUUGGAGGAUCCCCAAUGCCUCACGGGGUUGGUGGAGUCCCUUAUGUUCUCUCACCAGCCUACUUGGGAUGAUUGUCAACAGCUGCUGCAGACACUCUUCACAACUGAGGAGCGAGAGAGAAUUCUGUUAGAGGCUAGAAAAAAUGUUCCUGGGGCCGACGGGCGACCCACGCAGUUGCAAAAUGAGAUUGACAUGGGAUUUCCCUUGACUCGCCCCAGUUGGGACUACAACACGGCUGAAGGUAGGGAGAGCUUGAAAAUCUAUCGCCAGGCUCUGGUGGCGGGUCUCCGGGGCGCCUCAAGACGGCCCACUAAUUUGGCUAAGGUAAGAGAGGUGAUGCAGGGACCGAACGAACCUCCCUCGGUAUUUCUUGAGAGGCUCAUGGAAGCCUUCAGGCGGUACACCCCUUUUGAUCCUACCUCGGAGGCCCAGAAAGCCUCAGUGGCCCUGGCCUUCAUAGGGCAGUCGGCCCUGGAUAUCAGAAAGAAACUUCAGAGACUGGAAGGGUUACAGGAGGCUGAGUUACGUGAUCUAGUAAAAGAAGCAGAGAAGGUGUAUUACAGAAGGGAGACAGAAGAGGAGAAGGAACAGAGGAAAGAAAAGGAGAGAGAAGAAAGGGAGGAAAGGCGUGAUAGACGGCAAGAGAAGAAUUUGACUAAGAUCUUGGCCGCAGUGGUUGAAGGGAAGAGCAGCAGGGAGAGAGAGAGAGAGAGUUUAGGAAAAUUAGGUCAGGCCCUAGACAGUCAGGGAACCUGGGCAAUAGGACCCCACUCGACAAGGACCAGUGUGCGUAUUGUAAAGAAAAAGGACACUGGGCAAGGAACUGCCCCAAGAAGGGAAACAAAGGACCGAAGGUCCUAGCUCUGGAAGAAGAUAAAGAUUAGGGGAGACGGGGUUCG